ACUCAUUAGGCAAUAGGCAUCACUCUUUAGUCUUCACUGCUGUAUUGAGUAUUGACUGUUUUAGUUUACAUGCUGGAGUUAGCGAUGUUUUAUUUGUAAUAUAUAGAUAAAAUAUUUUUAUUCCUUGUUGUCAAUUAAGUAAUCAUAUAUCUCCAUUAAAAUGACUAGCAUCGCCGUAACAGGAUUUCCGGUUUCGUAUUCCCUCAAGCAAGUAUAUUUACUUUUUAACACAGUAAUUGAAGGUCAUUUCCAAGUACUGAAUUUCGAUCCUAAAGUAAAGAAACCAAAAACUUGUUACAUCCGUCUAUCAGAAGAUCUCGAUCCUCAAAAAGUUUCAAAUAUGAUCAGGAAAUUAAGAAUAGGACCUUAUAAGUUGUACGCAUACCAACCUCCUGAUAUACCUAACUUAAAAAUUGGAAAAGGUUUAAAUAAAGUUAAAAAUACCAUCAACAACCCAAACCUGAAACCAAGAUUCACUUCAAAAGCGCUACCAGUUGUAAAAAAACCUUUAAAACCAACAAAACCAUUAAAACCGGCAGAAGCGAAAAAGAAUGCAAAGGUUCGAAAAAUUCAGCCGAUUUAUUCCAAGGAAAUGCUUAUAAAAUAUACGCACGAACAAAUAAUGUUGGAAAUGCAAAGCAAAUUUCCAGGGCUCCACGACUUGAAUAACAAGGUUGAUGACAAGUUGUUGACUGCCGUCGGACAAACUGUACAUAAACGUCUCAAAGAAGUGGCCCAUAAUGAGAAUUCUGAAACGUGCCGCAAGCUGAGUAGAAUGUAUAGAAAUAUAUUUCCACAUUCCGGAGAUUUUCAAUUAAUAUCAACUACCUUGUAUAGGAUUCAGGAUGAGAUGGGAAUGAAAAGAGUACAGGUCGUGGAAAAGGAUCUGACAGCAGCUAUUAUAAGACCAUAUGAUUUUGAUAAAAUUUCUCCUGAACAGCUUCAGGAGUGUUCGAGCAAAUAUUCAGAGGACAUUCUUAAAGCGGUCUUAGAUCAUGUGAGUAAUCUAUCAACAACAAUAGAUCCGUUAAAAGAUCCCAUAGAAGAAGCGGCCAGAAUAAAAGUGAAGGAGCAACUCAAGAAUAUGUCCCCCUACCUCCCGGGGAUAGUUAAAGGUGUGAUUUCAAAACACUUGGUACCUCAGAAGGCUUGCUACUACGUCGUCAAGAUAUACGGCGAGCCCGGCCUGCCCGCGCGUCCGCUGUUGUGGGCUUGGAUGCAACGUUUCAAGAUGUUCAACGCUAUCCGCUCGGAGCGUAUGUACAACUUAUUGCUAGCGAGGACUCCGGCCGCUGAAAUGGCAGCGCUUCUAGCCGCUGACGGGACCAUUAUGGGUGGAUCGAAGCUCAUUAUAAGGCCAGCCGACACACCCUACAUCAGGAUACCAAUAUAACAAACGGUUCAAGUGAUUCGGAUAUACUUUAGACUAGCAUUAAGUAUUUUCUAUAAGUAAAUAAAAAUUUACGAUAAUUUCGUA